ACUGGGCAGUUAUUUUUCUUUAUUACUUUUAUUCAAAUUAUUAGUGGAAUAUUAGAGUUCAUGGAAAGGCAGCUAAUGAAAGAGAAUCUGAACACAUUCUAUGGCUUUUGCUGAAUAAAUGCUAUUAAUUGUGUCAGAAUAAUAAAAACCACACUACUGGUAUGUGGAACUGAUACAGUUGUGUUCUUUGUUCUGUGUGUCAGCACAUGCAGUCAGAAAGAUGCAACUUCACUUUCUACAAUACAACAGUGGACGAAGUGCUUAAGAUGUUCAGCUCUGUUCCAGUUGUACAAUCCAGUCCAGACCGCUGCAGGACUUGUGCUGUGGUGGGAAAUUCUGGUAAUCUGAAAGGAUCACACUAUGGACCUCUGAUAGAUUUUCAUGAUAUUGUAAUAAGAAUGAACCGUGCCCCGAUCAAAGGCUAUGAAAAAGAUGUUGGGACUAAAACAACUUAUCAUGCGAUGUAUCCAGAGAGCGCUAUUUCGCUGGACAACUCCACUCGUCUUGUGUUUUUUCCAUUCAAAAUAAAUGAUUUUCUGUGGCUUCUCAAGAGGUUUAGUUCAGGGGAUAAAAAUCCUGGGAAGUCACAGAUAGCUAACAAGGAUCUGGUAAUGAUACUGAAUCCAGCUUUCAUGAAAUAUGUUCAUAAAAGAUGGCUGGGAAAUAAGGGCAGAUAUCCAUCCACUGGCUUUCUGACAGUGGCUCUCAGCAUGUAUAUUUGUGAUGAGGUCAGCGUUUUUGGAUUUGGAGCAGACAGAGAUGGAAACUGGAACCAUUACUUUGAAAUACUCAAAAACAAAAGACUGAGAACUGGACCUCAUGCUGGAACACAUGAAUAUGAAUUUAUUCAGCAACUCCACAAAAUGCAGAAAAUCAGGUUUUUUAAAGGAUGGUAAUUUUUGUUUCUCUUUUUCUGUUUGGGUUUUGUUCUAUGUCAACAGAUUAUCAGACAAUGGACCCCUGGGCACAAGAUAAAAGGUCCCUAUGUCUUCUACACUUCUAGGAGCAACACACAGACUGAGAAAC